AUGCUUCAGGCUCGUCAUCUUUGCUCUCCUUUUGCUUGUCAACCUCUAUCUUCAGGCUUCAUAGGCAACAUCCACGAAAAUUGCUUCAUCAACAUUCAUUGUCUUAACAUCACCUAUUUGCUUUGGAAGACCACCAUGACCCGCUCGCACAAGCUGAAUGAUCGCGAGUACCCUGCCGAUGGCGAGGUCCCCGCGCGCGAGAAUCUUCCCCGAUACUUUGCCAAAUCUGGCCCAACUGAUGCAGAUCCUCGGAAGACCAAGAAAGACGGAGGGGGUAAAGGCAAUUGGGGCCGCUCGGGAGAGGAAGUCCAAGAUUACGGAUAUACUAUGAACAAUGCCCGACGUCGAAGCAAUAGCAGCAUCCAGGGGCUGGCAGACUUCCGCACUAAAUUUGAAACCGUCGAUCCCGAGCCAGUCUUUGAGGAGCAGCUUCAUGGACCGGGUGAUGUUGGUGUUACCGAUGAGAAUGCCGUGACCAAAGUCGAAAGCACGAGCAGCAGCAACGGGAGCGAGAUUGGUUCCGCCUCCAAAUACUAA